GUCAGCAGUACCAACAGUGCCCCGCCAUCACGACAGUUCCAGCUUUGGGCAUGUCGGGCCAACUGGCCAAUGAGUUCAUUGCCGAGUGCCGACAGCAGUUCCAAGCUCAGCACGCACUGAUCGAGGCUGAGGAACAGCGCCAGAUGGCAGUCGAGGCUGCCCGCCUACAGGCUGAAGCAGAGGCAGCAGCUGAAAAGCAGCGGCUACAGGCCGAAGCAGAAGCAGAUGCCCAGGCCCUCCGCAAGGAGGCCCAAGCGCUGCUGCAGCGGCACAAAGCAGCCAGCGUCGACAAGCUCAAGUUCUGGCUCUUUGAACCAUCCAAGGGCCACGACGACGCAACACCGGAGGAGCAGCACAAGGAGUUCCUCUCCAAACUCGUGACCCGGUUGUUUUACACUUGUAACCACCUGCAGUCCAAGUUCGAGAAACAACACCAGGAAAUGGCGAAACAGCACCAGGACCUGGAGAACCUCCGACGGGUAGUGCGGAACCACAAGGAUCUGCACGAGGGUGCUACAUGGGCACUUGAUUCCCGUGUACAAGACUUGGAGCAAGCAGCACCAAGACCAGAUGCUGGAGAGCCCAGCAGUGCAGCCUCAACCCGCCAGUUGGAGCAACAAGUGGACCAUGUAAUUGAAAUGCUCGCCGACAUCAGCCCCUUCGCCGCACCAGCCACCAUCAGCGAACAGCUAGACGUCUUGAAGAAUGAGGUUCGACAACUGCAGCAGCCCGACAACGAGGGCAGCACCAGUACGCAAGAGUACAAAAUGUCGAUAUUCCGGAUCGAAAAGUUUGAUGACUAUACACAUCAAGACUCGGUCCCCUGGUGGGAAGGCUUUACAACAAAACUUUGGAUUCAUCACGUCCCCAAGCGCUCGUACAUCGGGGCGUUGUUCCUCGACAUAAAGGGCGGAUGCCAGAUCUGGCUCAGCCACCUUGCAACCAUCCACGACAUCGAGGUCGCCGAUCCACACACGAAGAUCUCUUGGGCAGAUCUGACGACACAAUGGAAGAAGCGGUUCAUCGUUGACGACGCCCCGACGUUCACCAUCAACCGCCUCUUCAGCACGACUCAAGGCAACACACCAACACGUGACUGGCUCACGGAGUGGCAAAAGAUCGUGGCAACGCCCGAUCUUGACUUGCCAUUUCCGCAUCUACGCCGGGAGUUCUACAACCGGUUGUGUGCCGCCUUGAGCCUUGCACUUGGUGAUCGCGAGCAGUACACGACCUUUGCCGAAAUCAUCGACAAGGCGCGAGAGAUCAUCAAGACCAACUCGACUGUUGCACAUGAGAAGUCAGCGUGGCAGCCAGCCCAUGUGGAGAAAGGAAAAUUUGGUCCGCGUCCGCAGCAUGUCGUUGCAGUCCAACUGGACAUCGUUGCGGAAGACUCGGCAACCACCCAAGCAUCACGUGACGGAGAUCAGGUGGCCGCUGUCCAGCCGCGAAGCAACAACAACUCGUGUGGAAAAGGGAGGGCGAAAACCGCAUCGCCGACCAGAAACGGACAGCCAGUACCAUGGGUUAAGUUUCACUUGAUCGAGGCCGAAUACAAGUGGCGCAACCGGAUGCCCCUUCCCCCGACCGAUCGAUUGCCGAAACCGCAUUGCAACGUGCUCAUGGCACAAUUGCGGGAUUACUUGCACACUGCAAUACCAGAUCCGUUGAUGGACGCCGGAGUAGAGGUUGUUGACCUUCACGACCACGUUGCGAAGAUCGACCGCGAGUUCAAGACAGAACGGUACGACGACAUCGACGUGCCAUUGCCAUUGUUAUACACACGCAUUCAGAUCGGAGAAGCGACCUGUAGCGCUUUGAUCGAUUGUGGAGCUACUCGGAACUACAUGAGCCAAGACUUUAUGGUACACGCUAGCCUUGGGCCACGCGUUCGGAGGAAGUUGCAGCCCACGCAAGUCACGUUGGCCGACGGUCACACGCACAAGUCAAUCGACCGGUGCGUUGAUUCCGUGCCCGUGUACUUCGCCCCGCAUGCAAGCGAGGCCGUGUCCUUCGACAUUUUGGACACCCAGUUUGACAUGAUUUUGGGCAUGUCAUGGCUGCGAAGCGAGGAUCAACCGAUGAACUUCUACCGUCGCACCGUUCACGUUCAUGAUCGGAACGGAGUACUAGUCCCAUGCAUAGUGCCUCCUCCUCACCCAUCGAUCAGCUGCCACGUGGUGUCCGCCGCAAGCAUUCGAGCUUCCAUCACUAGGGACGACAUCGAGGAGAUGGGGGUGUGUUUUCUCCACGCCCUACCUCCCAAUGACAUUCCAUUGACGGACUCAUCACCGGACCCACGCAUCACCGAGCUCCUCGACGCCUACAGCGAAGUGUUCGAAGCCCCGCACAAGGUAGUACCGGAUCGGCCCAUCCGCCACGAGAUCAUCCUAGAGGCCGGGGCCGUACCUCCGCGUGGUUACAUCUACUGCAUGAGCGAGGAAGAGUUAAGCGUGCUACAAGCACAACUCGACGACCUUCUCGCGAAAGGCUGGAUUCGGCCUAGCUCUUCGCCAUAUGGUGCUCCCGUUCUCCUCGUCCGGAAGAAGAAUAAGGAUUUGCGGUUGCACAUCGAUUAUCGCAAGCUCAACGCGCAAAACGUCAAGAACACCGGCCCUCUCCCGCGCAUCGGCGAUCUUCUCAACCUCGACGAUAUCUUGGUGUAUAGUCGCUGUUUGGACGGGCAUGUGGAGCACAUGCGCACUGUUUUGGAACGACUACGACAAGCCAAGUACAAAGCCAACCGCGACAAAUGCGAAUUCGCGCGGCAAGAGCUCGAGUACUUGGGCCAUUAUGUGCACCGUAAGACAUCCGUCCGCUUGCGGACAAGAUCGAGACCAUCCGCGUAUGGCCCGAGCGGCCGAGCCCACCAACACCACGGACGUUCGCUCAUUCAUGGGAUUGGCGGGCUACUAUCAACGCUUCAUCACCGGUAAGGAUUGCAACACCAUUGACGAGAUUACAAUCGCCAAAGG